AUGACCUUCGCAAUCGACACAAUCCCCUCCCAGCAAUCCACAACCAUCGCGCGCGCCAAACCAGUCACGGAGCUCUCUCUCGUUCCCGAAGAAUUUCCCUGCGUCGCAACCUCCAUCAUCUCCAAGGACAGCGGGGAAUUCCUCUUCACGCUCAAAUUCAGCGGUGAGGACUGUGCUGCCUGGGAAGGAUACGUUUGCAUUCCGGAAGAGAAGGUCUGUUCCUCGAUUCGAGAGGCUUGGGAGGCACUCGAGGUGAUUCAACUUUAUUCUCCUGCUUCUUCGUCGUCAACAAUGGUCUUGGAUCAAUUGUCCACGAAUCCGUUUCCUGAAAUCGCUAUUGUGGAGGAUAUUGUUCGAGUGGCACAGUCAUUGUCAGCAGCAUCGAGACGUGAUGAGACGAUGUCAUUUCAACGUGAACUGCGAAUCGAAUACGAGGGAGGGUGGUUUUAUGGUUGCGUGUUUGUGCCGAGAGAUGAUGUGUCCACUCUCGAAGCCAUUGCGCAAGCGAGAAAGGAGUUUGCGAAUGAUUUGGAUCUCCAACGGGAGACGGUGACGGCUGUGCCGUCGGUGGAAGUGAAGGAGGAGGAAGCGGAAGAAGAGGAGAAGCGGGGAGAAUUGAAGACGUUCUCUUUUAAAGACUAUCCUCAAGUAGGUCAGCUGGCGAAUGUCACGGCUGAGGAUGUGCACGGGUUUGAUUUGGAUGAUUUCGAGGUGUCGAUUCUGGCUGUGCGUCAUGAAGGCACUACUCGAGAUGUGCGGUUUAGAUGCUUGUUGCCGGGUAAUCGGAAGUGCUGGUAUGAGGGAAGCUUGACGGGAGAUUUGAGGUUAGGGAGGUUCGUGGAGAUCAAGGAGCCGUAG